UCCCCCCUCCCCUACUCAGUGUUGCCGUGUGUCUGUGGAUGACAGCAGAUCAGGAGGACCCGCUUUUUAGAAAGUAGUUAAGCUAGGAAACGGGCUAAUCUCUCUUGAAGCUGGCUAGUUAUCGUCGAUGCCUAGUGGGGGUGCCUCAGCGUCCGUUAGGUCAUUGAAAACCACGAAGAUUAACGAAGAGAGCAAGACGGCGUCGGACACAUCUCACAGCUCACGUUAAGUCUGAACUCAACACAGAACCGGCCCUUUUCCCCUCCGGUAUCAGCACCAAUAUCACCUGGAUGCAAUGACCGACUCGGCUGUGGACAGCAAGACGGAGGUUAAACAAGCCACGAAAUAUGUCAAAGAGACCGAAAACGUUGCGGAAAAAUACUCAGCGAUGACGGUCAGCAAAAACAGCAGUGAUGUGAAUAUGAAUGUCGGGGAAAUGCCUUCCGCAGCGUUCACCGCAGUGCCCACUCUGAAAACCGUCAAGAAGAUCCAGUUUGCUAACAUGGAGGACAAACAGGAAUUCAGCAAGUACCCUACCAAGGCAGGCCGCCGCUCCCUGUCUCGAUCCAUCUCGCAGUCCUCCACAGACAGCUACAGCUCAGCUGCAUCCUACACUGACAGCUCCGAUGAUGAGACGUCCCCACGGGACAAGGCCCAGGUCAACAGCCACGGCAGCAGUGACUUCUGUGUGAAGAACAUCAAACAGGCCGAAUUUGGCCGUCGUGAAAUUGAAAUUGCAGAACAAGACAUGUCUGCCCUGAUCUCCUUGAGGAAGAGAGCCCAGGGGGAGAAGCCUCUGGCUGGGGCGAAGAUAGUAGGCUGUACCCACAUCACCGCUCAGACAGCAGUCCUGAUUGAGACUCUGGUGGCCCUCGGGGCACAGUGCCGCUGGACUGCCUGUAACAUCUACUCCACUCAGAAUGAAGUGGCUGCUGCUCUUGCUGAAACAGGGGUACCUGUGUUUGCAUGGAAGGGUGAGUCAGAGGAUGACUUCUGGUGGUGCAUCGAUCGCUGUGUCAACACGGAGGGCUGGCAGGCAAAUAUGAUCUUGGAUGAUGGUGGAGACUUGACCCACUGGGUGUACAAGAAGUAUCCCAGUGUCUUCAAGAAGGUCCGGGGCAUCGUGGAGGAGAGUGUCACUGGAGUGCACAGAUUGUACCAGUUAUCAAAGGCUGGCAAGCUGUGUGUCCCUGCCAUGAAUGUGAACGACUCAGUCACCAAGCAGAAAUUUGACAACCUUUACUGCUGCCGUGAAUCUAUCCUGGAUGGCUUGAAGAGGACCACAGAUAUAAUGUUUGGAGGCAAACAAGUUGUGGUGUGCGGUUAUGGAGAGGUGGGGAAAGGCUGCUGCACGGCUCUAAAGGCCCUUGGAGCCAUUGUGUGCAUCACAGAGAUUGACUCCAUCUGUGCCCUGCAGGCAUGCAUGGAUGGCUUCCGAGUGGUCAAGCUGAGUGAGGUCAUCCGCCAGAUGGACGUGGUGAUAACUUGCACUGGCAACAAGAACGUUGUUACCAGAGAACAGCUUGACCGAAUGAAGAAUGGCUGCAUCGUCUGCAAUAUGGGACACUCCAACACUGAGAUCGAUGUGGCGAGUCUGCGCAGUCCUGAGCUGACCUGGGAGAGGGUGCGCUCUCAGGUUGACCACAUUAUUUGGCCCGAUGGAAAGAGGGUUGUUUUGCUCGCAGAGGGUCGCCUCUUAAAUCUGAGCUGCUCCACGGUGCCUACAUUUGUGUUGUCUAUUACUGCUACAACUCAGGCCCUGGCCCUGAUUGAAUUGUUCAAUGCUCCAGAGGGUCGAUACAAACAGGAUGUGUACCUCCUGCCCAAAAAGAUGGAUGAGUAUGUGGCAAGUUUGCACCUCCCAAACUUUGAUGCCCACCUGACAGAGCUUUCUGAUGAGCAGGCCAAGUACAUGGGCCUCAACAAGAAUGGCCCCUUCAAACCUAAUUAUUACAGGUAUUAAUGAGACUGUCUGAGUGGUGGUGUGAUCCUCAACACACAGUUGCCCUGAAAUAAACAGAGAUAUUUAUUUUCUAAAUCGCCA